GUCACGUGGUAUGCGCAAACCUACUGCGCACAAUGAUCCACUUCCUGAUCAAGGGAGUCAUCGCUGGCUGACUUUCUCGCAGUUAAGUUGUGGAUUUAGGAACUGGACAAUUACAGUUGACAUCGCAGUCCCCUUCUUGGUGCUAUCAUGGCAGACCUCAGAGAAGACGGCAAAUUAGACACAGAUUACGCCACGGACUUCUCCCUGAUGAGCAACCGCCUUGACUCAUUCCACGGGUCCAGUGUGGCCAAGCAGGUGCCAGCAGAGCGGCUGGCCCGAGCCGGCUUCUACUUCACCGGCCAUGCCGACCGUGUCCGCUGUUUCAGCUGUAGGACCACUGUGGAAAACUGGUGCAUGGGAGAUACACCCGUGGAGAGGCAUAAGGAGGUUUCUCCAUCAUGCAAGUUCCUCAGCUGUACUCAUCGCACCGAUUUCAACCGGACCUGUGAUAGCACGUCCAGGUACAAUGAAGAAGCAGAAGACAUGGAAUAUCGUCUGAGGACAGGAGAGGUGGUUGACGAGUCCACCUACCCAAUGGUGCCUCACAUGAGGAGGGAGGACGCCAGGCGUCAGACCUUCUCAUCUUGGCCGUCGACUUCUCCCGUGACACCCAGAGACCUGGCUGAAGCAGGCCUCUACUACUUGGGCCAGGGCGACCGGGUGCAGUGUUUUUGCUGUGGUGGCAUGCUCGGGGGCUGGGAAACGGGGGACACAGCCUGGGGAGAACACACCAAACAUUUUCCUUACUGUUUCUUCAUCCUUGGCCAUGACGUGGGCAACGUCCCUUCUGAGGGGGGCAUGGCAGAGGACAGCAGCAGCAGUGGUAGACCACAAAGGAUCAGUCAUGUACCCAUGGGGAGUUUUGAAUUGAGGCUUUCUAGCUUUGCAGAGAUCCAGCACCCAAUAGAUCAUGCAAGGCUGGCAAGAGCUGGUUUCUACAGCACAGGGACAGGAGACAGUGUGUUGUGUUUUCGAUGUGGUGGAGGGUUAAAAGGCUGGCAGCCUGAUGAAGACCCAUGGGAAGAACAUGCCAAAAACUACCCUGGAUGCAGCUUCUUGUUAGCAGAAAAAGGACAGGAAUUUGUCAACAACAUCCAGCUGCAAGACCCUCAGCGAAACAAAGCUACAACAAGUCACCAGAAUGGAUUCACAGCAGACACAAAUGAUGAAGACCCACUGGAGACACUACGGAAACUGCAGAGGGAGAAACAGUGCAAAGUGUGUAUGGACAGAGAUACUUGCAUUGUCUUCAUCCCGUGUGGUCAUCUGGCCACAUGUGAGGAGUGUUCACAGGCCCUCGUCAAGUGUCCAAUCUGUUGUGGGUCCAUCACACAAAGGGUCAAGACAUACAUCGCUUAAGGAAGGCUCACUUCACAAUCCAACUUUCUGCGCUGCUUUUCCUCUCUUCCUGAAAUUGUAUUUUAAUAAGUGUAGAUAGGCUGUAAGAGCAUACUGUAUGUAAGACAACAAAGCUAUGACUUAUCGUCAUGAUGAUUAUUAUUAUUAUUGUACAUAGGUAGGUCAACAGUGCAGAAACACUAAUGUCUAUUCCCAUUGUCAUUCCUGAGGUGCCUUUCACUAUAGGUUUGCUUUUUAUUUGAGGUGCUCAAAUGAUCUGGUCAUGGGAAAUAAUAUACAGUAAUAAUCACAUAAUAUGCUCAAUUUUGUCAGGUACUUAAUACUUGAUAUAUUUAACAUUUUAUUUGUACUCAAAUCAGCUAUGUCGUGUUUAAAAAGUUCCACAAAUAUUUUAUCAACUUGUGUGAAGUGAAAUUUGUUUCAGCAAUAAAAUGUAUUAUU